AAUUUUUAAAAGGAUUUUGGCGGGUGGGGGGCGUGGUGGCAAGUGCUGUACGGUGCUGCAGGUGUUGGUUACGGGUGGGGAGGAACCGAGGCAGCGGAGGGGGCCCGGGGGCUUCCCAGGGCGCGCAGGCCGAGCCCGAACCUGGCCGAGCCCCGCCCAGGACGCAGCUGCGCCUGCCGCUAACCCAGGCGCCCGGGCGCCCCGCAGAGCUGGAGCCGGAGCUCGUGGGGCCCAGCAGCAUGGGCGCGCAGGCCUCCAGCCCCCUGGACAGGCGGCAGCGUGAGCAGCUGCGGGGCCGGGUGGCCGCGAUGCUGGACGGCUUCCUGCCGUGCUACCGCGCGCAGCUGGCGGCGUCCGUGCUGCGGCAGAUCUCGCUGGAACUGCGCCCCCGGGAGCCCUGGGGACCCCAGCUGAGCCGCAGCAAGAAGCUGCCCCGAGUGCGCGAGCACCGCGGCCCCCUCGCCCAGCUGCGGGGCCGCCCUCCGCGGUGGCAGCCGGCGUUCUGCGUGCUGCGCGGGGACGGCCGGCUGGAGUGGUUCGGCAGCCAGGAGGACUUCGAGGCUGGGCGCCGUCCCCUGGGCGCGGUGGCCCUCACGGGCUACGCGCUCCUGACCUCGCAGCGCGACUACCAGCACGUCCUGGACGCGCUCGGCCCAGGCCCCGCGGGCCCUGAGCAGCUCCUGGAGGCGCCGGUGCGCGCCCCACUCCUCCUGCAGCACCCCUUCCGCCGGCACCUCUGCUUCUCCGCGCCGUCCACGGAGGCGCAGCGCGCCUGGAGCCUGGCCCUUCAGGGUGGCAUCCGGCUUCGGGGCACAGUCCUGCAGCGCAGCCGGGACCCGGCGGCCCGCGCCUUCCUGGACGCUGUGCGGCUCUACCGGCGGCAGCGGGGCCACUUUGGCGAGGACGACGCGACGCUGGGGUCGGACGCCGAGGUCAGCACGUAGGCCCCGCCCCGCCCCGCCCUCCGCGCCCUCCUCCGCGCCCUCACGCUCCCUCCAUGCCCGCUGCCGCAGCUCCGGGACGCCGUCUACUGCGUGGUCCUGGCCGCCGCCUCCGCGGGGCUCCGCGCCUUCCAGCCGGAGAAAGACGAGCUGCUGGCCGCGCUGGAGCGGACGCUGCGCCCCGACCUGGAGCACACGCUGCGGCUGCGCACGCGCGCGGCGGGUCGGCUUCGGGCGGAUGUCCAGGCCCGGCUGGAGACCUGCCUGCAACGGCACGUGGACCCGCAGCUGCCCCAGCUCGCGCGGACGCUGCUGAGCACUGUGGAGGCCACGCUGGGCGCCGUGCGGGCCCUCCUGGCGCGGGGCGUGGACCGCGUGUGCGGCCGCCUGCGUGCGAGCCCGAGAGGCGAGCGGCUGCGAGGGGCGGUGCACUCGCUGGGGGAGCUGCCCUGGGACCCCGAGCUCAUGCACCUCUGCUACGGCGAGGCUGAGCGCGGCCGGGCGCGCCUGGCGAAGCUGGCGGCUCCGUUCGGCUUCCUGGGGACACAGAACCUGGUGUUCGGGGCGCAGGACCUUGCCCAGCAGCUCACGGCCGACGCUGUGGCCACCUUCCUGCAGCUGGCCGACCAGGGGCUCACCGCUGCCCUCGACCGCGACCAGGCGGCCCAGCAGCUGGAGAAAGCCCGGGGGCGCGUGCUGAAGAAGCUGUCGGCGGAUGGCGCGGCGGCGCGGAGCGAGUUCGUGCGGAGCUGGCUGCUGCGCGUCCUCCUGCCCUUCGUGCUGCGCCGGCUGGAGCCCAGCGGCCGAGCGGAGCUGCCCGAGCUUGAAGGGGACGAGCUUGUCACAGACAGCCAGGCCCUGACCACUGCGGGCAUCCUGGAGGACGUGGUCCGCGGGGUCCUGCUGCAGAGGAUCGACCGAGCCAUGGCCACUGAGAAACACGUGUUCCUGGAGAUGGGGGUGACAGCAGGCAGUGGCAGUUCAGGGGUGUCACAGUAUCUUCACGACUGCAAUGUGGAGCCUGGAGCCACAGGCAAAGAAGUUUAUACCUUAUUGCACAGGCCAGAGGGAGCCAUGGAAGGUGAGAGAGUGAGAGCAGCCAGACCAGAAGCUAUGGAGGAGGCCAGGCCAGGUCCCCAGCAGGGGCUGCACCAAGGACACAGAGCCCAGGAGUGCGGUCAGGGCCAGACAGGGGGCUCAAAGGGCCAGGGUUUGAAGGAGAAAGGAGACAGAGGGAUGCAGAAGGCUGGAGGACCUAGCUGUGGUGGGGUCCCCAGAGCCAGGGAGAGAGUUUAAGGCUGCGUCUUUGGUCCCUGGGCAGCCAGAAAGGAUAGCCGAGUUCUUUUAGGACAGAGGAGUCUUCAGUGCAGAAAAGCUGUUGGUGGCAGAAUGAAACACAGCAUGGGACAGGGACGCGCUUCCUAGAAGAUGCCUGAUUGGUCAUCAGUUGGUGCUGUCUGUGGGCCAGCGUGGGCUCCUGCAGUGUGGGAUUGGCUGGGCACGUCUGCCCGGGCACAGCCUGGCCGGGCUGUGGGUGGCAUCACUUCUGCGUCCACCCGGGCCUCGUGGGAGAAAGCGUGGGGCCUGUGAGGUCCGGGCACCCCCAGAUGUGUCCAGUGGUUCUUCUCC